CAAAAAGCCCUCCAUCUCAGCUUCUCUUCUCCAAUGUGAAACCCUAGCUAAAACCCUAACCGCCCCGUUCUCCAUCAAACGUCAUCAAUGAGCUAUCUAAAUCGAGCAUCGAAGUCAACGAGAUGGAAUCUCCACAGAAUUCGACUGUUCUUGAAUGGAGACCGAGGGUUUUGCUCUCAUUCUAGGUCUAGCAACAAGGAGUUUGGAGUCGAUUUGAGCCAGUACCCCAUUGAAAGGAUUCGAAACUUCUCGAUCAUCGCUCACGUUGAUCAUGGGAAGUCGACGCUCGCUGAUCGUCUGCUGGAGCUCACGGGGACGAUCAAGAAAGGGCUUGGACAGCCGCAGUAUCUUGACAAAUUGCAGGUGGAAAGGGAGAGAGGUAUCACUGUCAAAGCUCAAACAGCAACUAUGUUCCACAUGCAUAGCCCCCGUUGUGGUGUAAAUGAUAUUGCUCAUGAACAGAAUCCACCAAGCUUUUUAUUGAAUCUUGUUGAUACUCCUGGUCAUGUGGAUUUCAGUUAUGAAGUAUCAAGGUCUCUUGCUGCCUGCCAGGGUGCUCUUUUGGUUGUUGAUGCUGCACAAGGUGUUCAGGCACAAACAGUUGCCAACUUUUAUCUUGCAUUUGAAUCUAAUCUGAGCAUAAUUCCGGUUAUCAACAAAAUUGAUCAGCCCACUGCUGAUCCUGAUCGUGUCAAAGCUCAGUUGAAGUCGAUAUUUGAUCUUGAUCCAGAAGAUGCUCUUCUUACUUCUGCUAAAACUGGUCAAGGCCUGGAGCAUGUCCUUCCUGCAGUCAUAGAACGUAUUCCUCCUCCUCCAGGAGAUUGUGAUUCACCACUGAGGAUGCUUCUUUUGGAUUCUUACUAUGACGAGUAUAAAGGUGUAAUCUGCCAUGUUGCUGUUGUUGAUGGUGCUCUCCGCAAGGGUGAUAAGAUAACCUCCGCGGCCACUUCCCAGGUGUAUGAAGUUAAAGAUGUUGGAAUCAUGCAUCCUGAACUUACCCCAACUGGAGUGCUGUUUACAGGACAAGUUGGUUAUGUUGUCAGUGGCAUGCGUUCAACAAAAGAAGCACGGGUUGGUGAUACGCUUCAUCAUGCCAAAAGCAUUAUAGUGCCUCUUCCAGGUUUCAAGCCUGUGAGGCACAUGGUCUUCUCUGGUCUUUAUCCUGCUGAUGGAUCAGAUUUUGAUGCUCUUAACCAUGCAAUUGAGAAAUUGACUUGCAAUGAUGCUAGUGUGUCUGUUACCAAAGAGACUAGCACUGCCCUUGGCAUGGGAUUCAGGUGCGGCUUUCUGGGUUUACUUCACAUGGAUGUCUUUCACCAGCGAUUAGAACAAGAGUAUGGAGCGCAGAUUAUAUCUACUAUCCCUACUGUACCGUAUAUUUUUGAGUAUUCAGAUGGGAGUAAGUCGCAGGUUCAGAAUCCUGCUAUGUUGGCUUCAAAUCCUAAACUACGUGUCACGGCAUCUUGGGAGCCAACUGUUACUGCAACAAUUAUCAUUCCUAGUGAGUAUGUUGGACCUGUUAUUACACUUUGCUCAGAGAGGAGGGGCGAGCAGCUUGAGUACUCAUUUAUUGAUAGUCAGCGAGUACUUAUGAAGUAUCGGCUGCCAUUAAGGGAAAUUGUUGUGGAUUUCUACAACGAACUGAAAAGCAUAACGUCAGGAUAUGCAUCGUUUGAUUAUGAAGAUGCUGAGGGAAAAGAUUCAAGAGGGAGGCUUACCUGAUUUUGAGAAACAAGUCAUCUUACUUAGCAGACACCACUCAGCAGUCACACAAACUGAAUCUGCAAAGUGCAAACUGAAUCUACAAAGUGCAAACAGAAAAAAAUUUAUCCACAGAGUUCGAUCACUAUACAACUCGUAAUCAUCUAGAGUAUAAUUAGGAUUAAUGUAAUCAUCAAAAAGUAAAGAAUCACCACCUCCAAACAGAUAAAACUAGAAUUUUCUUCCCUCUGUGAUUAUUCACUGUUUCCCUCUAUUGACAAACAUUGAAUUUUAUAAAUGAAUACUUUACAACAACAAAAAGCAUGAAGCUAUUUGAAUAUGUGAUGUAACCAAAAAAUAGUAAAAACAAGGGGAAACAGUGAAUAAGAUAAACAAGAUGAAAUCAACAGUAAAAUCUUGAUGGCAAUAAUAAACAUCAAGAAAUAGAAGAGAAACGAUGCCGGAACCCCAAAGAGAGAGAGAGAGAGAGAGAGAAUCAGACGAGAAAAAGAAAUCUUGAUGUCGGAACUUCGAAGCAAGAACUUUUCUGACAUACCUGACGGCUGAAGCCUCAGGAAGCAAGAACUUUGAAGGCAGUCAAAGGUGGCUGAAGCAAGAACUUCGAAGGUUGUUGAAGGCGGCCGAAGCCUCAGGUUCAACACAGGUCAAAGGCGACAGCGUCGGCGAGUGAGAGACGAAGAAAAUGAAGGCGGCUGUUCUCUUCCCAAGUUUCCAGUCGCUGUCCUGUAGCUCUAGCUUUUUGCUUUUUUCUUUCUUUCUAUCGAGUACUGGGUUUGGGUUCGCAAAAAGUCCCUCAAGUUCAACACAGGUCGAAUGGGUAUGGGUUUUCGUCACAAAGUGACAAAACCCAAACCCAAUAAGCCAACGAAGCUUUAAACCGAAAUCUGGGGAUUUCGGCCGAUUUUUUAAAGGUGAAAAAUCAACCGACAUGACCGAUAUUUCCCCGAUAUCUCCGAUUUCCUCCUAAAAACUGAUAUACAACUCAAAAUAGACCGAUUCGUGUUGCUCGACCCCUCAAUCCGAUAUAUCAGCUGACAUGUCAGUCGAUAUUUAAAACAUUGCUUCAUAGCUAACAAACAAAACCCAAUCCGACCUAAAAUUAACCUGAAAUUUCCCACAUGCUUCCAGCAUGUUCAGAUCAGGUUGGUUGGUUAGAUUUGUCAUAACUAUCUUGAAAUUCAAGAACUCUUUAAGCAAAUUGCAAACAUUCAACAAUUUAAACAAUACAAUUGUAGGUACAAAAUUGCCUAAAACAAUUAAGGGUUUUUAUCAAAAUAUUACUAAUACAAAUACCACAAAUCUUAGAAAACAAUUUAACUUUCAUUACUUACAUAACAUAUAAAUAUCUUAAUUCAUCUACCUGACGAUUCAUUUUUUUACUUUGGAAGAAGAGAGGUGAACGUGGGAAGAUGGACAAAGAGGGCUUUGGUUGAAUCAAAGUACUAACGUAUACGAUUGUAUGAUAUUGUAAUCAAGGUUUUAAAUAUCGGCCGACAUGCCCGACAUGUCGGUUUGAGGGCUUGACCGACACGACAUGGACGUUUUCAACUCGUAUAUCGGUUUUCAGGGCCAAAUUGGAAAUACCAGGGUCAUAUUGGGCAUAUCGGCCUAUUUUUUAGCUUUGAAAAAUCGACCGAUAUGGUACUUUUAUUUAAGAUCUGUUUUUUGUUAUCGGAUUUGAGUUUAGUGAUAAAUACCCAAACCCGUUUGACUCGUUCUCAU